CGGACAGACGAAGGACAUCGCUAAAUCGAUAUAGAAUUUUAUGCUGAUCAAGAAUAUAUAUAUUUUGUGGGGUCUAAAAUGUAUAUUUCGAGGUAUUACAAAUGGAAUGACAAACUUAAUAUACCUUUCACACUAUGGCGGAGGGUAUAAAAAAGAAACUGAUUUUUUUCGAAUCACACAGCAAACAGAAUAUGUUACAAUACUUCAAUGAUAUAAAAUGCAGCGAAGAAGACGAAGGGAGUAUGAUGCUCUGUGUUUUUCGGAACACAACACAAAUGACACUUCAGGUCAGAAGAGAGUAAAACAUUGUAAAUGCCAGACGCAUAUCUAUGUAUAGCUCAAAGAACAACAAACUUAUAUAGCAUAAAUUCGUGUACCGGUACAAACUUGCAAAAUGCCACAAAUUGUACAAACAAAAGACUUAAUUUCUGUAAUUAUUACGGUGUUAAAUGGUGCAAAAUGGAUUGAUGGUUGCAUGAAAUCGAUAAUUAACCAGACAGCUGUAAUAAAAUGCCAAAUAAAUACAGUAUCUGAGGCGCAGACUCCACUUGUGUCAAAAACCAUGACCUCACCAACAACAUCUUUGUUGCCCGCCAAAAAUAACAGUAACGACGAUAUGGCAUUUGUUCAAUUACCAAAGCAAGCAACAAGUAUAGUACGAGGGUCGAGUGAAUCUCAGCCGAAAGUAGUACUAUCAGUAGAAAUUUGCGUAUUCGAGGAUUGUAGCUGUGAUAAUACCUACGAUUUACUUUGUUCAUGGCAGAGAACUCUGAGGGAAAGUUAUAAAAUACCAAUGAUAAUUCUGAGGAAUAAUACUGGUCAACCUAAAGGGGUUGGCUAUGGACGCAACAGAGCCAUUGAAGCUUCCAAAGGCAAUUAUUUAUGCUUCCAGGAUAUUGAUGAUGAAAUGAUGCCGGAACGUAUUACAAAACAAUAUGCAUUGGCCAAGCAGCACAAAAACGCGAUAAUAGGAUCAAAAUUUACACGCAUACCAAAUAAUGCAACAUGUCGUUUUACCAAAUGGGCCAAUGAUCUUAGCUCUGAACAGUUAAUGAUACAAAUCUAUACAUCCAAUGGACCCACUAUAAUAAUGCCAACAUGGAUGUGUCAUCGUAUGGUUUAUAAUCAAAUCAAAGGUGGAUUUUCGGAAGAAGGACAAGGAUGUCCGGAAGAUUUGAUAUUUUUCUAUAAACAUUUGGAUAAAAAUGGCAUUAUAAAGAGAGUCGAUGAAUAUCUUUUGAAAUAUCGAUAUCACAAUGAGGCAACCACAUUUAGCGUUCAAGAAAAAACCAUCCGACACAUAAGACUAAAUCAUUUAUUGCACAACAUACUCCAAACAAAACCAUGGUCAGACGGUUUUUCCAUAUGGAAUGCUGGUAAACAAGGAAGGAAACUUUUUCGUGAACUGCCAAUGGAGCAAAAGAAAAGAGUCGCGGCAUUUUGUGAUGUUGAUAAAAACAAAAUAAAUAAAUUUUAUAAAUACUACGAUCGUCAAAGUCGUCAACAAACCUUUAGCAUUCCCAUUGUGCAUUUCAGCCAAGUGCAACCUCCAAUAAUUAUUUGUAUGAAGCUUGAUUUGACGAAUGGUGAUUUUGAGGCAAAUUUACAAAGUCUUCACAUAAAAGAGGGACAAGAUUAUAUUUUAUUUACAUAAAAGGCAUUCAACAAAAAUAAGAAUUAAAAACAAAAUUGAAUUAAAAAUGUAGUGAUAUUUAAUAUAGAGUGCAAUUUGUAAUGAGUGAUAUUCAAUAUUUGAUUUACGCAAUAAAAUAAUUUAAU